GUGAACUGUAUGACCUCGAAGCCACGUCGCUCCAGUUGAAGAUUGUUCAGUAUUUACAGCGGGAGACGGACUCGAUGUGUUGUUGUAUGCUGGUCGCCGCUGAGGGUGAUGGUCAUCUCUUCUGUCAGGUGGUCGGAGAGAAAGUCCUGAAUGAAGAGAUACUCUUCCCGCUGUCGGUUGCCCACUUGGGUCAGCCUAACAACUCCGACAGGGUCGUCACCGUGAAUGACAUCACUCCCGGACAACACAAGAAGUUGAACAGCAUCCUGGGCUUCGAGGUUGUUUCCAUGUUGUGUGUUCCUGUCAUGUGCCGGGCCACCGGUCAACUCGUGGCUCUGGGAUGUGCCUUCAACAAGAAAGCUGGCAGACAAUACACAUCGAUGGACGAGCAGCAGAUUAUCCGACACUGUUUCCGUUUCACUGGCACCGUGCUCACCAGCACCAUGUCCGUGCAGAAGGAGCAAAAACUCAAGAUCGAGUGUCAGGCUCUGCUCCAAGUUGCCAAGAACCUCUUCACCCAUUUAGAUAACGUCACAGUGCUCCUUCAGGAAAUCAUCCAGGAGGCCCGGAACCUCACGAACGCAGAGAGCUGUUCCGUGUUCCUGCUGGAACAGAACAACAAGGAGCUGGUGGCCAAGGUGUUUGAUGGAGGAUUUGUUACUGAUGAGUCGGCGGAGUUCCGCAUGCCGGCGGACCAGGGCAUCGCGGGCCACGUGGCGACGACGGGCGAGAUCCUCAACAUCAAGGACGCGUACGCACACCCGCUCUUCUACCGCGGCGUGGAUGACUCCACCGGCUUCCGCACCAGGAACAUCCUCUGCUUCCCCAUCAUCGACGAGAAUGGCGAGAUCGUUGGUGUGGCCGAAUUGUGUAACAAGAUCAACGGUCCCUGGUUCACCAAAUUCGACGAGGACCUUGCCCUGGCUUUCUCCAUCUACUGCGGCAUCAGUAUCGUCCACUCAUUGCUGUACAAGAAGGUCAAUGAAGCUCAGUACCGGAGUCACCUGGCCAACGAAAUGAUGAUGUACCAUAUGAAGGUCACCAACGAGGAGGUGAUGCGGCUACUGCAAAACGGCAUUCAACCCGUGAGUAAGAUCAGUCCUGACUUUGCCGAUUUCAGAUACACCCCACGGUCAGUUCCGCUGGAGGAUACCACAAUGGUAAGUCCCCUUUCCCUCCGAUCUACGCUUAUUAUUAAGGGAUAGUAGUAGUAUUAGGCCAGUCGGCCCAUCAAGUCUACUCCGCCGUUCAAUCAUGACUGAUCCAUCUCUCCCUCCCAACCCCAUUCUCCUGCCUUCUCCCCAUAACCCCUGACACCUGCACUAAUCGACAAUCUAUCUAUCGCUGCCUUAAAAAUAACCAUGGAAUUCCAC